AUGGACCGACGAAGUUUGGAACAGCUUCUCUUGGUGGGUGGCAGCACCACUCCUGUGGCUGAUGCUUCCAUGACCACUUGCGGCUGUCUUGUCUCUGAGCUUGCAUUCCUACAACACCUCCCACCGGGAGAGUGCCCUUUAUGUCAUCUGCCUCAAUCAAAGAUUUUAGCGGCUGUGGAACCAUUGCGGGAGUUAUGGCGGAUUCUUGAUUUGGAGAAUGAUCGUCGUCGACGAUCCCUGUCGAGGCAGCUGGCAAUAGCUCUUGAUGGCGAUGCGGUCGACAUGAUGGGCUUAUUUCAGCGGUACGCCAAUGAAGAAAACCAGUCGUCAUUUAGGGAGGACAUAUUUGACGAUCCCAUACUGAAGUCACUGAUGAUAUCAAGCAACCAACCAGUAUCCGAUGAAUCCCUUCAACGGUCACGCAUCACCAUGGACAACUUAUAUGAGCAACACAUUCUCAAUGAGCUCACGGAGGAAAAAGAGUACAAUUACAGUUUAUGUUUCCCAUUGCACCGCAAACGAAGUGAUUUCGAUAUUCUGAAACGAGCGUUGACGCUUAACAAUGUUUUGAAGAAGGGCCAGAGAUAUAUUUCUCUGAGUAUUUGUACUCGACAUCAUCAUGGAACAAAUGUCGAAGUGACGAUGUUUGCAAUGAUCACUGAGAAAAGGUGGGAGCUAUACGAAUAUACUGUACCCAUCAAUGUGCUCAAUCUGAGUCAUGCUCGACCUCAAUUAAUUUGUAGUGGUAAAGCUACAGGGGAGUUUGGUGAGCUGGAGAAAGAAUUGCAAGACGGAGCUCAUCUUACCGGAGAGAUUGUGAUCCACAGUGAUUUCCCGAGUCAACAGUCAGCAAAGCAGACUGACAUACAAAAAAGACUCCAGCAGUGGGAGUUUGUGCUGUGUGAACUUACCCCGAACCAUCUUGUUAUCAGCGGUACUAAAGGGCUUGUGAGAGUGUUCAAUAUUCUGAAAAGUCCCGUAUACAAGAUCGGUCAACCCGUCUACACCUACGUUACCAACUUUCCCAUCAAGUGCAUUGCCGUCGCAUCCAGUCGCAAUUUGAUUGCCACAGGUGUCACUGCCAAGGAGAGAUUACUGAAUAAAGAACAACCAUUUAUCAUUCUUCAUAAGUUGACAUUCGGUGCUGAUUUGAGGCUCAAGCUGGUGGAUCCGAUUACUAUCACCAUCCCUUAUCAUGAGCCAAUCCGGCACAUAUGCUUUAAUGAGGCUGCCACGCACUUAAUGUGCACUACCAGUUGGGAACUCCGUUAUCUCAUCAUUCGCCUUCGGCAAUCGUCGGUCGAUAACUAUCGCAAACCUCGGUUAAUAUUUACCGGGUUCACCUGCAGCAAAGGCAACCUGCUGCUGGCGGAAGCCGAUCUUAUCAAAACUAGUGAGGGCAUCACCGAUAUACGAUUUGGUGUACCUUAUAGCAAUACGGUUUUCAUUAACUUCAAUGCUCUUAAGCAAAUUCCACCAAUGAUGAUUCAUCUCGAAGGUGCGAUGAUUGACUCAUUGGUCGAUGACGAUGGGUUUUCGCUGCAACAUUCGAUGACGUCGAUGGAAGAGAGUGACUACAUAACCGCGGGAACGGUGAUGAUGAAGUUUCCUGAGCUGGGGUCACUUGUGCAUCGCUGUGCAGUGUCGCCGCGCGGCGAUGGUGUCGUGUUUUUGAGUAAGGAUGGGCGGCUUAUUCUUGUAAACACAACCAACUUCCAUCUUGCACUGACCAUGCUGUCCAAGAAAAAAUUCGCCGUGCUUCUAGGCGAAGUAGCAGGCUCGGAGCGCAGAGAUGAGGCGGGGCUGGUCGAAUUCAGUAAGGAUGGAGGCAAAGUGUUUGUUGUCGACCGGAAGGGGGUGUUCAGUAUCUUUGACUUUACAAAAGGGGUUCCCGGCAAGGAUCACGAUGUCAUAAAGUGUAAAAUCGUGAGGCUGAACGGGUCGGUGGUGAACUAG